AUGAAGCAUCGCAAUAUCGCAGCAGCACCUCUGCGCAAUAUCAUAAAGCUGCUAAAUAAUGCUAAGAUUGAACCCCUAAGCACUGAAGCUGCGAUUUCUCGACUGGAAGGCACUCAAUCUAAUGAUGAGUGGCGCGAAGAAGAUGAUCUCGUGGAGAUUGCAUUAACCAAGCUGGAAAGGGGUGGCCGAUGCUCUCACAUUCUUCUCAGUCGGUUUGAGAGCUUCUUGUAUGGGCCAUUUAUGAGCCCCGAAGAGAGGAGGACGCAAGAGCGUAUCAUAUGCAUUGAAGAAUGUCUGUCAAGUGCAUCGGCCGAACCGACACCCAACCAUAACGAUAUAUUCUUCCAUCGCCUAAGAAAAGUCAUAUCCCAUCUUGAUACCUAUAACUUAGACGAGAAAGACUCACGCAUCGCGUUCCUCCGAACCGAGCUCCUGACAGCCAUAGCAGCCAAAUCCAAGCUAGGUCGUGCGAACUGUAAGGAAUUUGCAGAGCUUUUAGACCCUAAUGGCAUAGUCAUUUCCCACUUGAACAGUCCAGGUGCCAAAGCAGAGACUCCAACCUCAACAAGGAAGGUGCCACCCAAGCCCGCCUCUCCACGCGUGCCUUCCUCGCAGACGCCAGAACCACCCUCGCAACCAACUUGUAAACAAAAUACUGCCAUCUCUCUGUCUCCUUCACCAACCCAUCCUCCUCCUUUCCCAUCCCGUUCUUCAUCUUUAUCAUCUUUACUCACACCAUCUCUGAAAACCAUUGAUCUGACUGGUGACACCAUGUUUCAUGUACCUGGUGCAAAGCGCCAGAUCCGUCGUGUUACUGCGAGUCGGUCUUCACAGUCCAACAACACCGCGACAUCUCCUUCAAUGUCAUCUGUGUCUUCUGUCACGCCAACUGCGGCCACGAAACGUCCUGCUCCUGGCAUCCAGCCUGACGAGAUCAGCACCUUGCCUACGAAGCGUGCUACUUCUGACCGCCAGUUGUCUACCUCCGAUGACAUCAUUGCCUCGGCUAGUGAGAUUUCUUCUUCCGGCACACAGCUGUCGCCCUUUAACUAUAAUAUCGCCUCCACCCCUGAGAAUGCUGCUUCUGGAGCGCCGUCGCUGAGCUCGAACAAUGCUCCCUCCCAUACAGGUGGUGCUUCUUCGGGCAGCCAAUCACUCACCUCCGAUAUCCCGAAGCAACUCUGGGGCAUUUUCCUUGAUAAGCAUAGUCCUUUACUGCCUGCUCUUGAUCUAGACCAACUGAAGGUCGCCUUCAACAUGGCUGUAAGCCACGACCAGCUCGGGCCCAACGUUAUUGAUCCGACCCUCGGGUUUUGUCUUGCAGUCGCGUGUCACCUCACUGGCGCAAAGACGCUCUGGCAAGGCCACAAAUGGUAA